AUAUUCAUUGGUUUUCUUUGUCUGUUAAUGAAUUUGAGAGAGUGGAAGGCAGAGACGUCGCUAUCAAAAUCAACAGUUAGUAGAGCUUUUUCCAAGCAAAGCAAAGCCCAUGGUCACUGUCAAAACGUCGCCGCCUAGAACUCUCUCUCUCUCUCUCUUCGUUCAUUUUUCAUUCCCAUAAUACACAUAUUCAAACGCAAACUCCUCUCCAACAAGAAGCAACCCAGAAGAAAACAAUGGCUGCCGGUGGUGGAAAUGGUGGAAAAUCCGAUGAUUUCCAGCCUUUUCCGGUUAAAGAUCAGCUCCCUGGUGUUGAUUUCUGCGUCUGCACCUCUCCUUCUUGGCCUGAAUCAAUACUUCAUGGCUUUCAGCAUUACUUGGUAAUGCUUGGGACUACUGUUAUUGUAUCAUCUACAAUUGUCCCUUUAAUGGGCGGUGGCAAUAAGGAGAAAGCUGAGGUUAUAAACACUCUUCUCUUUGUUUCUGGGUUAAACACAUUGUUACAAACAUUCUUUGGAACCCGGUUGCCAGUGGUUAUUGGGGGCUCUUAUGUUUUCAUUAUCCCCACCGUUUCUAUUGCUUUAUCAUCAAGAUACAGCUUCCUCACUGAUCCCAACGAGAGGUUUAAAGAAUCCAUGAGAGAUGUACAAGGAGCACUCAUCGUUGCAUCAUUCUUUACCAUGACUAUUGGUUUCUUUGGUUUCUGGAGAGUUUUCGCAAGAUUUUUCAGCCCACUUGCAGCUGUUCCUCUUGUGAUUCUCACUGGACUUGGUCUCUAUUCGCAUGGUUUCCCUCAAUUGGCUAGAUGCAUUGAAGUUGGACUCCCAGCAUUGAUAGCAGUGAUUUUCUUUUCGCAGUAUAUUCCCCAUUUAAUCAAAUCCAACAGAGCGAUAUUCGAUCGUUUUGCUAUCCUUUUCUCCAUUGUGGUUAUUUGGGUGUAUGCAGAAAUUUUGACAGCAGCUGGUGCUUAUGAUAAUAGUGUUUCGAAAGCUCAGUUCAGCUGUCGUACUGACCGUUCCGGCCUCACCAGUGCUGCAUCUUGGAUAAGGGUUCCAUAUCCAUUGCAAUGGGGAAGACCAAGUUUCCACGCUGGUGAUGCUGUUUCAGUCAUAGCUGCCUCUUUUGCUGCUAUCAUUGAGUCUACUGGUACAUUUAUUGCAGCAUCGAGAUAUGCAAGUGCCACUCCUAUCCCGCCUUCCGUACAUAGCCGCGGUGUCGGUUGGCUGGGAGUAGCCAUUUUGCUGAAUGGUUUAUUUGGUACAGGAACUGGCUCCACUGCUUCAGUUGAAAAUGCAGGUCUUUUGGGAUUAACAAGAGUUGGAAGCCGGAGAGUUGUUCAAAUAUCAGCAUUGUUCAUGCUUUUCCUUUCUGUAUUCGGAAAAUUUGGUGCUAUUUUGGCUUCAAUACCAUUACCAAUUGUUGCUGCUCUGUACUGUGUCCUCUUUGCCUAUGUUGCUUCAGCUGGUCUCGGUCUCCUUCAGUUUUGCAACCUAAACAGCUUCAGAACCAAGUUUAUACUGGGAUUUUCUCUCUUCAUAGGCCUUUCAAUAUCUCAAUAUUUCAAUGAGUAUCUACUAGUUUCUGGUCAUGGUCCAGUUCAUACUCAAUCUACAUGGUUCAACAAUGUCAUGCAAACAAUAUUUUCAUCACCGGCAACUGUGGCAAUCAUGGUGGCUUUCUUCUUGGAUUGCACCCAUAGUUACUGGCACGACUCGGUCAGGCUAGAUAAUGGCAGCCAUUGGUGGGAAAAGUUCAGGAGCUUCAAUGCAGAUACCAGGACUGAAAACUUCUACUCCUUGCCUGCUAAUCUUAAUAGGUUCUUCCCUUCUUUCUAGAACUCCAUUUCUUUCAUGGACGAAGAACAUAAACAUCAGUGAUAAAAACAGUGACCAAUUCUGCAAUUCUUAACAUCUUAAUUAGUAUAGUGUUUGAGAUUUGGGACAACAAUUGGCUAAGCUUUAUGGUUAAAAUCUAUAAUUGAGAAACAUCAAGUAUCCAAUUGUAGUUAAGCUUGGUUGGUGCUUUUUGAGUGGAAUUACAUGCAUGAAUUGAAGUUUUGUGGA